GUUAGCGAUUAAUUAGUUACACGCUCGACCUCGAACUCGGCGAAAGGGGCUAACGUCACUAACUUCGCCUUUUUCUAUUCGCGAGUAUGGCAGGAUGUCGGCACCCACGGCUGUCUGUGCGGGAAUCUGCCCUCGAAAUAGCCCUUGACGCCAGAUCUGCACCCUCCUGAUUGGACCAGGACCUGAUUACAUCGUCUUCUAAACCGUGCCUUCGCUUGAGGCAUUCGCUGACGUAUGAAGCGAAUGGAUGUUCUUUGGGCGUCUUUGCCGUGUCUUGGCCGUGUCGAUGGGGCUGGUGUCAACUAGCAGGCCGAUGGUCUAUCGUCAAUCUUGAGGUCACGUCCCUAGCUAGCUCAAGCCUCAUGCAGCUGGCUCGGCUAUUUAUUAGAGCCUAAUGCCCCAGUGUUCACAACAUGAUGCAGUGUUGAUCCUCGACAUCGCCACAAACAGCGUUUUCCAUCUUGCGGUCGCCGUAUCCAAACGGACAAGCCCAACACAAUGGACCCCUCGAUAACGAAGAACGGCCCACCAUAUCCCUUCACCACAGCCCAGCUCGGCGGCGAACCAUCUACCAAUGUCGACGUCCCCAUUUGUUGUGUCUUCUUGGUUCUCUUCGUUUGCGGCGCCGUCUCUCACAUGACUAUUUUUCAAGUGAACAGGCGCCGAAACCACAAAUUCAUCCCCAGCGCAAUGACCUUCGGCUUCUGCGUUGCCCGUACUCUCGCCUGCGCUCUCCGCAUCUCGUGGGCAUACAAUCUGGACAAUGUGCAAUUGGGAAUUGCUUCGGGUAUAUUCGUGGCUGCUGGUGUACUGAUUCUAUUUAUUAUCAAUCUGCUCUUCGCCCAACGCUGUUUGCGAGCCGCGCAUCCGUCAAUUGGAUGGAAUUAUGUUGUUAGGAAGAUCUUUUUAGUUCUUUACGCGCUGAUUGUCGGCGUUUUGGUCAUGGUCAUCACGGCUACCAUCUACAUCCACUACACACUGGACAUGCACAAACUGCAACAGUGUAGGGAUGUUCUCCUGGUUGGAGGCACAUAUAUGGCCUUCUUCUCUUUCCUUCCGCUUCCGAUCAUUCUGUUGAUUCUUCUUGUACCGAGACACCCGUCGAUACCUGUGGAAAAGUUUGGUACUGCCGGGUCCUGGACGUCCAAACUGCUGAUUGUUCUUGUUACAUCCUUGCUCUUAUGCCUAGGAGCUUCAUUCAGGGAUGGAGUCAACUUCUUGCCAUCGCGACUAGCCUCGAACCCAUAUACCGUGCAAAACAAGGCAUGCUUUUACGUCUUCAAUUUCACCAUCGAGAUUAUCGUCGUCUACAUGUUUGUGCUUGUCAGGAUUGAUAAGAGGUUCUGGGUGCCCAAUGGGAGUGAGGGAACUUAUUUGCUAAGUGAGGAGACUGGUGCAGCAGAUCUGUCACUGGAAAAAGAGAUCCGUAACAAGACUAGUGGAAGCUCAUUGGCUUGAUAUCUUCGUCGAUACUUUUUUCCAUCGGCUUGCAUCGACGGCGUUUUUAUAGAAAGGGCAUUAGAAUGAUUUGAAUUAGAAUAAUUUGUCUUUGUACAUCAUCAUUUGUUGAAUAUUGCCUUGCUUUUAGACUUGGAGCUAAUUGCUCGGAUUAACGGCAUUCAAAAUCUAAUAGUUUUAUGUUAUG